AUGAAGGCUUCCACCUUGGCUACCUUGGCCGUGUCGGCGCUUCUUUCCGGAGCAUCGGCUAAGGAGAUUGCGCCGAGUGAACUCGUCUCUGAAAUCUAUGACAGCGGCGUUAUCCACAAGGACCUCAUGGCCCGUAAGAAGGCAUCAUGGGACCGCCAGAUCGAGAGCGGAGAGAUGGACUCUACUACCUACAAGAGCCGUCUUGACGAAGAGGGUUCCGUCGCCUGUGUUAACGGUGUUGCUGAAGUUGUCCCUGGCGAUGCCAACAACACCUUCAGGUGCAAUAAGGUUGACUUUUACGACUUCAAAAGCCACGCCGAUCUAGGCUCCAGAGCGGGCCAGGGAUCUUCGUCUUGGGGAUGGACGAGCCCCGACGGUCGCGAGUUUGCCAUCAUUGCUCAGGCUGAUGGUGCUGCUUUUGCUGAAAUCACCUCCGAGGGCAAGCUUGUUUACCUUGGUCGUCUUCCUCAGUACUCGACUCAGUCCAUCUGGCGCGAGCUGCGUGGGUACAAGAACUACGUCGUCAUCGGCAGUGAAGCCUCUCGCCACGGCGUGCAAAUUUUUGAUCUGACCAAGCUGCUGGACAUUGACCCCGCGAGCCCAGUUACUUUCAGUAACCAGCAUGACCUGACAGGUUACUGGAACGGCCUCCCUGCUGGUUCCACUCACAACAUCGUCAUCAACGAGGAGAAGCAAUACGCUGUUGCCGUCGGGGCCCAGCCUCGUUCCAGCGCCUGCCGCUCUGGCUUGAUCUUCAUCGACCUUAGUGACCCCUCUAAGCCCACGUCUCCGGGCUGCGCUGCGGGUGAUGGUUAUGUUCACGACGCCCAGUGUCUAGUCUACCGUGGUCCUGACGAGAAGUAUUUUGGCCGCGAUAUCUGCUACGGCUACAACGAGGACACCUUAACCAUUUACGAUGUCACCAACAAGAACGAGACCAACAUCAUUUCCCGUACCUCCUACGAGGGUGCCAGCUACACUCACCAGGGUUGGGUAACAAACACGGAGUGGCAAGAGUACCUUGUGCUCGACGACGAGUACGACGAGGUUGAUGCCACUGGUCCUGCUGCAUCUGGUUACCCCAUCACCUACUUCUGGGAUAUCAGAAGCCUUGAGGCUCCUAAGCAAACUGGCUUUUACCGCAGCGAGGCCUACGGCAUUGAUCACAACCAAUUUGUCAUCGAUGGCCUUGCCUUCCAAAGCCACUACGGUGCCGGUCUUCGAAUUCUUGAUGUUUCCUCCCUGCCCGAAGACCCCACUGGAGGCAAGGUUUCUGAGGUCGGAUUCUUCGACAUCUACCCCGAGGAUGACAAGGAGCCUAACGGUGGAUCUAUCGACUUUGUCGGUACUUGGAGCCAUUACCCCUACUUUAAGAGCGGCCACAUCCUGGUUAACACCAUUGAGCGUGGUGCAUUUGUUGUGAAGCGCUCUGCAUAA